CUUCUCUUCAGAAAUUAGAACCUAGACAGCGCUACUGAUACACGAAAUAUUAAAGAUGUUUUCUCUUUCGUUGUGUUUUUCUAUAUCUGUUAUUUUCACCGUCUAUCUGUUGUCUGAGAUGUCAGUAGGACUUCAUACAAUUGGACUGAAGUGGCAGACAAUAUCACAGACGAGUAACCCACCACAUAGUGUACGCAUGCGUGUGAAGACUUUAAGUAAAAUACGAUGCGCACAAAUUUGUUUACGACUUAGCGACAACGUUUGUGAUUCUAUCACAUAUUAUAUUGCCGACGAAAGUGACUCAAGAGAGUUAAGUAGGCCUACAUGUGAGAUUAAUAACCCGACUAAUCAAUCCGAUGAGGCAUCUGUCGCGCUUGAUUAUUCAAAUUCAAAAUCUUAUAAAAUUACGGGUCAAUAUGGCGUUUUGUGGUAUGUUGAGAAGAAUGUAAAUUAUUCUCAAGCAAUGGAUGCCUGUCUACAAAUUCUUGGCACUCUUGCCUUCUAUGAGCAACUCAUCUCUGCUGCUAGUUAUGGCGUACAGAUGAGUUGUAAGCCAGGGUGGUUGGUCAGCGGUGAGUUGGCUUUCACAGAGGCCGAAGGAGGGUGUUACCUGCCGGGCACUGAGUUCCGUUGCAACGCCUAUCCGUAUCUGAACACGUCAUUCGAAGGCGCGUACUGCUACAUAGGUGCCAACCCCUCAGUUGACGAGGUCGACUAUCACUCACCAAACAGAAUUAUCCGUUUAUAUGGCAGUGAUCAUAUUGAUGGAUUUACGUACAAGCAAGCAGAAGAACGCUGCACCAAAGACUUUGAUGGACGUCUGAUAACAACCAGUGAGGCAUUUAAUUUGACGUUUAUUGGAAUAAAUACGUGCUUUAAAUCGUGGUUUUUGGUUGGAUUAGUUGCCAAACCAAUGCCCUUAACAAGCAAAAACAACUGUUGGAAUCCAACUGUAUUAGGAAACAGAAUAUAUUUGACAGAUAUUACACAAGGAAGACAGACACCAUAUGCGAUUUGUUGGAUGCACAACAGAGUGUUAAGUGCAGACCCCUUUCCAUCUCAUCGGGUGGUGAUAAUCAAAGGAGACGAUCUCACUUCUCUGACGUAUGCCAACGCUACUGCGUUGUGCAGCGAAACAGUCGCAAAUGGCGACUUGGCAACCUACGAUCAAGUUGAAUACGCGCAACUUAUCGGUUUCAACGAUUGUGACUAUGGCUGGUUGAAAAACGGAAGUCUUGCAUUUGCUGUUGGACAAGUUCCAGGACCUAAUGCAACUUGCAAUGGCGCUAGGGAGAAGGGUGUAUAUUUAACAGCACCUUUAAGUUUAGACGAAAAAUACACUGGAUUAUGUUAUCUUCCUUAGGCCCUAUUCAUUGGUCGAGUCGAAUGGCAAAGGGGCCCGCUAACUAUUAGCCUUGGAUUGGAUUGGAUUUCUUUUGUGUGAUAUACACCAAGGAGAACCCGCAAAAGCUUGGGAUUCAAAACUUACCGGUCUGAAAAACUUUAACGACGUGGAUCAUCAAAGUUUCAAUCUCACGAAGUGAAUAUAAAUCCCGUAUUUCAGCUUAACUUAGGGGAAAAUGACUUUACUGUCGUUAUAUACUGAAUCUUUAGCUUAUUUUGAGCACAUUGCACUACAGUGUCAUGCAUUGAUUUAAUGUGGUUUGAUAAAGGAUGAAUCACUAUAAGGCCAUAUAAAAAAUAAGUUGUUGAUCGACCCCUUCCUACAUAAAAACCAUCGCCCAACAAUUUUUUUUUUGCCGAAACUUACUAAAAUGUGUCGUCUUUCCGCCCUUAAUCCAACUUCGGCUAGGCCUAUUUUUUGUGUGUAAUUAUUUUGUCUCUCAUUUGUUCCUAGCCUACAGGGAGUUGUUAGUAUGUACAAUAUCCACUUAAUCAAACAUUACACUGAAAUAUCCAUUAAGUUUAAAUGCAGACUUGCUCUCCAUGGGUAAUUUGAAGACUUGGCAUUUAUUAAGGGGUGGGAAAAAAACUCCUCCUGCCUACCAACUGAACAACAUAAUCAUUUUUUUAACAUGGCCUAAUUGAGUCAACAGAUGAACUUUUCAAUGUGGUUAGGUGUCCCUCUCAUAAUUCAUCACUUUUGUGACAGCAAGGCUCAGACCUUACAAGACCUCUAGAGCCCUUAUAUAUAAAAUAUAUAAUAGUUGCAGCAUAUAUCUGCUAAUCUAUGUAGAAACUUCCUAUUUCCUAUAUCUUCAACAUGCCGCAAAUAUAUAAUUUCUAAGGGAAUUGUACAGUAAUUAGUAAGGCCCUUACUAAUCGCCUUUACUUCAUUUAUCCUACCUAAACAUAGGCCUAUAUGCACUUUUUUUAUAUAAAAACGAGUAAAAUUUUCCCAGGCUCAGUGUUCUGAUUUUUUUUUAAAGAUUUCAAGCUCAAAAUGUUCCUAUUUUGUUCUUCUAUUUUUACACACUUUUCAAACAUCAAAAACUAUUAUUUUUAAAGUAGUAUAGGCCUAUUACUGUACUGUAAUAAAGAGGGUAUUGUUUAGUAUAUCAUCACAC